AUGGCCCUUGCUUCUAGAGUAACUACACACUGCAGGCCUCGCUGCCUCGCUACCUCCAGGUUGGUGUCAAACUAUUGUUCCAAGAAUUUGAUACAAUACCAGUCUAAUCAACAACGCCAGUUUUCCCAUAACUCUUCGCCCAAGACUAUCCAAACAUUGGCUGCCACCGAUGCUCAUAACGGUAGCAAGAAUAGUGAAUCAGCUUCUAAGCUCAGGUAUCUUGAGACUUUGCCAACAAGUGAUUUGAUUUCUUAUCUAUUCAUUGGUCUUGCGACCACCAACCGUGCCACUUUGAAUUUGGUGGUCAAGCUUUUCCCAUAUAUCCCAAUGCCUUUAAUCAAGACUUUUGUCUCCAAGAUUUACUGCGGCGGUGACACUGCUGGGGAAACCGUGGUCACUGGUAAGAAACUUGCUGCUAGAGGUAUCAACAACAUGAUGCUUUCUUUUACUUUGGAAGAUGCUGAAGGUACCAAAAACUUGGAUAUCAACCAUGUUGUUGGUGAAACCAUCAAGAGUAUCGAUUCGAUCUUGAUCCCUCACACCGAAUCCGUGUUUGCUAAUAUCGUUGCUAAUGGUGGUAUCAUCAACCAAGCUCCUGCUGCGUAUAUUGCUUUGAAGCCUAGUGCCUUGGUGGCCAACCCUGCUGAUGUGAUGAGAAAUUGGCAAAACCCAGAAUUCAAGCCACAAUGGGACAACUUGGUGGGUAACUUGUCAAAGAUUUGUCAACACAUUUACAAACGUAAUGCCGAAUUAGCUGCCAAGUAUCCCGACAGAACCGCCCCAGCUUUGGUUGCCGUGGUUGAUGCUGAAAAGUUUGAAUUGCAGCAGGCGGUUUAUGAUCUCCAAAGAACCCUCUUCAAAAAGUUCAAUCCUUUGGAUAAGCCAGCGUGUGUUGUUGGUACUGUGCAAAUGUACUUGAAGCAAUCUUACGAUAUUAUCGUUAAUGAAAAGAAACUUGGUCAAGAGCAAGGUUAUAAAGUCGGGCUCAAGUUGGUCAGAGGCGCUUAUAUUCAUUCUGAACCUGACAGAGGAGUCAUUCACGAUACCAAGUCUGACACCGAUGUUAAUUACAACCGUGGGAUUAAAUAUUCUAUAGAAGACCUUUUCAGUGGUAAAGACGCAACUAUUGAUCAUUUGGUGAUUGCCUCUCACAACCGUGAUUCCAUGUUGAACGCUACUGAUUUAUUGGAAAAAUACGGCAAAGCCAGCGAUUUGAAAUACAGAAUCACUUUGGCCCAAUUGUUAGGAAUGGCCGAUGAUAUUACUUAUGAUUUGAUCACUAACCACAAUGUCACCAAUAUUAUCAAGUAUGUUCCAUGGGGACCACCAUUGGAAACCAAAGACUAUCUUAGAAGAAGAUUAGAAGAAAACGGUGAUGCGGUGAGAAAUGAUAAUGGGUUGCCUUUGGUUAAAGGGGUUCUCAGUGCCAUUUUUAAGAGAUUGUUUAAAUGA